AUGAGGAGACCCAAGCAGCAGACGGGGCCCCUGAGCUUCCUGAAUUUCUUCAGCCGAAAGCCAAAGUCAGAGCCGAGGCCCGAGAGGCCGGCGGAGGCCUGGUCCAAAGAGGAGGUGGCCAUCACCCUGACCCCCAGCGAGCAUCCGGAGCAGGUGAGCGUCGGACAUUCACCUGCACUGCAAUCAGGAGCUUGUGGAGGAGAAGGAGGAGAAGAAGGAGGAGGGACCAUUGCUAUGGCUGAGGUGGGAGAGAAAGCUGGCGUCCUGGCAGAAGGCGUGGGAGGAGUCAGCAGCCUUUCCACCGGCGUGCUGACCCUCUCCUGCUCCAGCCAGGAGCAGCUCCUGGAUGGACACCUAGAGGAGUGUCCGCUAUGCCUGCUCAGCCAACCCCGCUGCCACUUCCCACGGCUCACCUCCUGCUCCCAUCGGGCCUGCUCCGACUGCCUUCGCCAAUAUUUGCGCAUCGAGAUAUCCGAGAGCCGGGUGGGCAUUGCGUGCCCGCAGUGCCCCGAGGCGCUGGCCCCAUUGGAUGUUCGCACCAUCCUGGACGACCGGGCGCUGCUGGAGCGUUUUGAAGAGUACCAGUUACGGCGUUUUUUGGCAGCUGAUCCGGAUACACGCUGGUGCCCUGCACCUGACUGCAGCUAUGCAGUGAUAGCCUAUGGGUGUGCAGAGUGUCCCAAGCUGAGCUGCGGCCGUGAGGGCUGCGACACGGAGUUCUGCUACCACUGCCGGCAGCUGUGGCACCCCGACCAGACGUGUGACCAGGCUCGGCGACAGCGGGCCCGCCACACCUCAGGGGGCAACGAUGCCUCCACCCUCUAUGUCUUCAAUGAGGAACCUGGAGGAGAUGCAGAGGAGAUCAAGGCGUGUCCGCGCUGCGGAGCCUACAUUAUGAAGACCAAUGAUGGCAGCUGUAACCGUAUGAACUGCACUGUAUGUGCCUGUCAGUUCUGCUGGCUGUGCAUGCAGGAGAUCACCGAUGUACACUACCUCAGUCCCUCCGGCUGUACAUUCUGGGGGAAGAAACCAUGGUCGCAGACCCGCAAGGUGCUGUGGCAGGUGGGUAUGUUGCUUGGAGCACCGGUGGUCAUCUCGCUCAUCGCAGGCAUCGCCAUCCCUGUUAUCAUCGUGGGCAUACCCAUCUACAUGGGCCGCAAGGUCCAUGGUCGCUGUAAGAAAAACAAUAUCUCAGGAAGUAAGCAUUACUUGACAGUGGCAAGUGGGGUGAUGAUGUCAGUGUUUGUGUCGCCGGUCAUAGCAGCCGUCACUGUGGGUGUGGGCGUUCCUCUCAUGCUGACUUAUGUGUAUGGGGUGGUGCCAAUGUCACUCUGCAGGAAUGGCUGGUGUCGGCCACAGAGCGAGCCCCCCGAUUCACACAAGAUCCAACUGGAGGAUUUAGCCAGCUAUCUUCUAUUCUCUCAUGUAGUCAGCGACCACUGGACGGGUCAGAAUAACCCGCCACUCAAUGACACCAGUGUCCAGGAAGUCAGGGUCAGUGUACAAGAAGUGGGCAUGCUCCCAAGUACAAGCCACACCCCUCCAGAGCCAGAUAGAUGUGUGGGAAUGGACAAAGCCACGAAAUGCCCCGGUUACCCCCAGCAGGACAGCCAGUUGGACUGCGAGGUGUUCACAGUGCCUGACAGCGAGCUGAAGGACACACUACCUUUCCCUUCAAAGGAGGGAACGAACAUCGAGGUGCGGGUGGAGAUCGAGACCCACCCCAGGGGCAUCCGCCAGGUCAGCCUUAGUAGCGUCCUCUCCAGCCAAAGCCUAUCAGUCGAGUCCCUGGGAAACUCCCAGUCCCAGGACUACCUGCGUGCCUCAGAACGUGACGAAAGAGGGGGAGGACGGGAAGGAGGAGAAGCAGAAGCGCAGGAGGGACGAGAGAAACCGAGAGGCACUGCAGGAGAGAGAGACGAGACUGUCUGUCCGGUCUUUGAACUAGACGGUGUCUGAGAUCCUCGGAUGUCCACGCCCCUGGUUGAGGAUUCGUGAAGUUGUGUGAAAGUAAACAAAUCCACAGGCUGAGCUGACAUGACAUGGCCUUUACCAGAGAAUCAUUGGUCAAGGACACUUCCGGCUUCCACAUGCCCUCCCACCAGUUGCCUUCUAGGUCCAGCCACCGCGGCCUCUGAGGCUUUGCGGAAGAUGUUGGUUUAGGGACAGUGAGAAAAUGAGAAAGAUGAGAAGUGUGUGUGUGUGUGUGUGUG